GGUCGCUCCUUGUGCUGCUGCUGCUGCGCGUAUCUCGGAGCGAGCUGGUAACGGGGGUUUAGUCGGCAGCCCCUCUCACUGCACGGGGCAGAGCGGGCGUGAGUUGAGCAAAGGAGGCGGCAGAGACACAGACGGAGGAGGAGGAGGUGGUGCGGAGAGUACAAGAGAGGUUAUUGUUGUUGUUAUUCUUUUUAAUCCAUCGCGCAUACUCGUAUCGCGUAUUCCAGCUGAGAAUUCUGGCGCAUUUAACAGUUUAACACGUAAAAACAGUGAAUACUACUAAACUCAAAAAAAAUUCGUAAAGUAUAUAACAAACAAAUAAAAUCAAACGCUGAAACAUUAAAAGUAAAAAUAAAUAUCAAGAGAAGAAGACGCCGUGCCAAGUCCUGGGAAGGAACGAGAAGACGUGUGUUGCGUGGCUUGCGGCUCGCUGAAGACCCACCCAAGCCAUGACCUGCUUCUAGAAAAUGAUUUCUCGCUUCGCGAGGUUCCUGCGGACGUACCAGACAAUUACCGACCGCCGCCUCAAGGCUCCUCCCCCGUGUACGACCCCCCGCUCGAGUAUAUAGACGCGUCAAGUAAGGAGCAGCUGUCAGAAGAUUUUGUCAGGAGUUGGAGGUGCGCCUGCGCGGCCAAGGAGGCCAUGGCUACCUCUGACGUUUCGGUGACUUCUGGCAGCGUUGAGGAGUUUGAUGCGGACGAAGUUGUGGAGGUCCUUCUAGAUAAGGAAUCCAGCAAGGCAGCUGCUGCUGGAGCGACUGGCCUAGAAAUCAGUGGUGGAAAAGCUGAUGGCAUCUACAUAAAAAAAAUCAAGAAGAACACAUCGGCCGCCAAGAGCCAUAAGAUUCACGAAGGUGACCAGAUUCUAAGUGCCACUGUGUACUUCGAUAAUAUGAAGUAUGAAGAUGCCCUCAAGAUUCUACAAUACUCGGAGCCUUACCAGGUUGGAUUCCGUCUCAAGAGGAAACAUGGAACCGCAGCCUCCGAUUUGGAAGCUUCAAGCUCUUUUGGAUCAGCUGAUGUGGAUGUAAAGGGCUUGAGAGGGACUGGUCAAGGAGACAUACAUUCAAAGAAACACAAAAAGAGGGCGAAGGCAAACGAAAAUGUGUCGGGAGAAGACUCCGAGAUGAAGUCACCCGAAAUUCCGGACGUGGAGCUGUCGAUGCUGAAACUUCCGAAAAUGAAAAAGCCACAAAAGUCGAGCAGCCUCAGAUUCUCGAAGAGCAGCUCCGAAUACGACGAGGAACUUCAACCCCAAAAUGAGGCCGGAGGUGAGGCCCAUUUUGUUGAAGGUGACUCUCCGAGGGGAAAAGGGAGAAAAAUAAAGUUAAAAAUGCCACGGAUACAUUUUGGGGCAUCAAAAACUAAAACUCACAAAGCCAGUUACGACGUAACAUCACCAAAGCAUGCAGGAGCAGACCCCUCUAGGGGAGAAUUGCAGGGAGAAUUUAAACAAAUUUCUGAUGUCCCUGGUUUGAUGAUAAAGGGAGCAGAUGCCAAAGUAGAAAUGCCUUCUGUGCACGUACCUUACACUGAAAUUGAUCUUGAUACUACUCUUCCAAAAAAGGACACUGGGAUAGAAUUCCCAGGUGGAAAAGCAAAAGGCUUUCAAUUAAAAAUGCCAAAAUAUCAAAUCACUAUGCCUAAUGUUUCUGGGACAGAUAUUGGUGUGAAAGAUAUGAAAGAUCCGACAUUCCAAGGUGAUGUAAAUGUUGGUAUUGCCACUGAUAAAUCUGAUGUGGGAUUUGAAGAUCAAGGAGGCAAACCUGUAAUGCCAGUCAUAAAAUUCCCAAAAUUCAGCAUCCAAACAACUGAUCCAAAUAUUGAUGACAGCACAUCAAAAACUGAGAUUUGUGCACCUAAACUAGACAUUUCUCCAAAUGUUGAUGUUAAUAUUAAAGAUGGAUUUGGAACACAUUUCAACAUGCCAGAAGUUAGCACUUCCAAAGUAAAUGUAGUUGGGCCUUCAAUCACAACUAUAGAAGGGGGUGUAUCACUACCAAAACCAAUUGAAGAUUGGGAAUAUUCAAUAACUUCAGGUGCUGCAAUAAAAAUGACAGAUGUUGACACUUUAGGACCUGAGUUCAAAGACACAGGUAUGGUUUCACCAACAUACACUGUUGAAAAAUCCACUUCUAAACUUAGAACAGAAACAAAGUAUGUUGAAGAAGUAGACAUCAAAGGAUUUAAAAUACAUGGUAGAGAAACUAAACUAAAAAUGCCACAUUUCCAUAUAUCUGGGCCUAAGAUUGAUGCACCAGAUACCAAUAUUGAUCUUAACGCACCAGAGUACAAAGCGGAUGACAUUUCUCUGCAGAGUGGCAUAACGGGCCCAAGAGUUGAAUUUGGUGCAGAUACCUCGGGCAUCGAUAUUAAAGGUCCAGAUGGAAAGUUUAAAAUACCUAAAUUUGGAAUUAGUGGUCCAUGCCUAAAAGAUUCUGAAAUAAAUGUAGACUCGAGUUUUCAAACUGCUAAAGUUAACAUAAAAGAAAAAUUCCCCCAAACAGAUGUGGACAUGACUGUACCAGAAGUACCAAUAGAAAUAGGGAGUGACAUUAAAAGCCCAAAAGUUGGAAUCGAUGCUGCAGGUCCAGACGUAAAUAUAGAAGGUCCAGAAGGAAGGUUUAAAAUGCCACAAUUCAAAAUGCCAAAGAUCGGUAUUUCAGGUCCUGGUAUUAAAGGUUCUGACAUUGAUGUUGAUGUUAACCUGCCAAACAUUAAUCUUCCCAAGGCAAAUGUUAAUAUUUCCCCACCUGAUGUUGAACUUGACAUAAAUGCACCGAAAGGGAACAUUGAUGUUCACAAUCCAUACAUGAACUUAGAAGAUUCAGAAACAGAUGGGAGAGGAAGUAAAUUUAAAAUGCCCAAAUUUAAUGUUUCAGCUCCAAAGAUGAAUGCACCAGAUGUCAGCUUUGAUUUUAAAGCGCCACAUUUUAAAGCUAAAACAGAUGCCUCGACACCAAAACUUGAAGCCGAUUAUAAAAACCCGCAUGUGGACUUCAGAACAUCAAAAGGAUCAGAUGCAAAUAUUGAAGCUCCCGAAGGCAAGUUUCAUAUGCCAAAUAUAAAAAUGCCCAAAAUAGAUAUAUCUGCACCUAAAUUUAAAAGUACCGACCAAAAUAUUGAUGUAAAAGUACCACUGACUGAUGUUGACAUUUCUCCAAUUCCUCAUCUUAAAGAAAAAGUGCCCAAAGCUGACAUGAAUGUGGAAUCACCUCAUGUUUCUCAAAAAGGGUCUGAAAUUGAUGGCAAAGGGUUCAAAUUGAAAAUGCCAGAUGUUCACUUAUCUGGGCCCAAGAUACAAGCACCUUAUGUUAGCCUUGACUUUAAAGAACCUGAAACUGAUAUUUCUGUUCCUACUCUGGAAGGGGACAAGAAAGGACCUUAUGUGGAAUUCGGUACUGACAUACCCAAUGUUGACAUAGAAGGGCCUGAAGGGAAGUUCAAAAUGCCGAAAUUUAAAAUGCCAAAAUUUGGCAUGUCUGGUCAGAAGUUCAAAGGUAGUGAUAUAGAUGAAGAUGCAAUGUUAUCAAAGCCUGAAAUUGAAAUAAAUGAACCUGAUCUUGAGAUUUCUGCGAAUCAUCAUGAUGUGGAUGUAGGUGGUUUGGAUAUUGAGCUUGAUAGAGAACAUAAGGGUUUAAAAUUUAAAAAGCCCAAGUUUAAUAUUUCAGCACCAAAGAUAAAUACACCACAUGUAGGAAUAGAUUUCAAGCCUCCACAUUUUAAAACCAAAGAUGAUUUUUCACCUAAUGUAGAGGGUAACAUGAAAGACCCUAAUGUAGAAAUAAAUGCUCAAACCCCAAUUAGAGAUAUAGAAGGGGGAGACAAGAAAUUUAAAAUGCCAAAUUUUAAAAUGCCUAAAGUUGGUAUAUCGGGUCCAAAUAUAAAAGAUUCUGAAAUGGAUUUGGACAGUAUGCUUCCAAAUGUUGAUGCUGAUAGGUCAGUACCUGAAAUAGAAUUGGAUGAAAAUGCGCAAAAAAUUAAAUUGAUAUUGCUGAUCCAAACAUAGAAAGAGAAGGAAAGAAAUUCAAAAUAGGUAUGCCAGAUUUGCACUUCUCUGGGCCUAAGUUACAUAAACCAGACAUAACACUCGACAUAAAGGCUCCAAAACUUAAAACCAGAGAUAGCUAUCUAACUAAACCUGAGGGUGACA